AUGGCGUCCCAGGAUAUCGAGAGCCACCGUGCCGGUGCAGAGGUCAUCGCAGGAGACGCGGCAUGCAGGAACAAGUAUGUUGAGCUGCUGGAGGAGCUCAGCCUCCCCAAGGGCCUGCUUCCAAUGGAGGACAUCCAAGAGUUCGGGUACAACCGAGAGACAGGGUUCAUGUGGCUGGUGCAGAGGAAGAAGAAGGUCGAACACACGUUCAAGAAGAUCAAACAAACGGUGUCCUAUGCCUCUGAGGUCACGGCGAUCGCUGAGAAGGGCAAGCUGAGAAAGAUCACCGGCGUGAAGACCAAAGAGCUGAUGCUCUGGCUCAGCGUCGUCGAGGUUUAUAUUCCCGAGGCCUUGCCGGAGAAGGUCACCUUCAAGACCAGCACCGGCCUCUCUGACACCUUCGAUGGUGCUGCCUUUGCGCUCGGAGAGUAA